UCUUGACCAAAAUAUCUAGAUUGACAAAACUAAAGAUAAUUCAUACAUAGUAUUCCCACUGAAAUAUAUUAUCAGCUCCAAAAAUCUUAUCCUCCUCUUCUUCUUCUUCAGCAGGCAAGGAAAAGAAAGAAAUGUCAAUAUUAUUACCAAAUUCGCAGAUUCUGUGCAGAUCAGAAAUCCAACAGCAGCAGCAGUUAUUGAGCAAUACUGCAAAUGGCUUAAAAUCAUAUGGGUUUGGAUUUGAUAGAAAUAAAAGUGAACAGUGGAAGAAAAUUGCAAAGAAAGAUAUUAUCAAAACAUAUAGCUUUUGGCCAGAUUUAUCAAGACCUACUGCAGUCGAAAUGGAACCAAUUCAAGAUUCUGAGCAAUUAGAUAAAGCUUUGGAUAGAGCCAAAGAGCUUUCACAACCCAUAAUUAUUGAUUGGAUGGCUAAUUGGUGCCGGAAAUGCAUCUUUUUGAGGCCAAAAUUGGAGAAAUUGGCUGCCGAGUUCGAUACCAAGUAAGUUCUUAUUUGAUGGGUUAAGUAUUUCGAUGAUAAUUGAAUUUUACCCUAAUAUUUAAGUAGCUUCAUUUCUUGAAGUUUUUUCAUUUUUCCCUAA